AUUCCGGAAUUCAAAUUCCGGAUUCGGAUUCGCGUCUACAGCUGUCAGAGCCUGAAUCUCAAUAGAAGUCAGAGCCAUGAAUUCGCCGCUCGGACUGUCAAAAUCCGUACUCUUCACAGGACUCUGUGUCGCCUUAAUGUCAGCAACCCUCUCGAAUGCACUCGAUUGCUAUGCAUGCAGCUAUUUGGAUGGGUACAGUGAUACCUCCUGCUUGAACAACGCCAGUGCAGUGCGUGCGAUCAACUGCACCAAGAAGUACUGUGUGACGAUGCGCCAGGAACUGCUGCGCAACUCGAGCAAGGUAAUGUCCUUCCUGCGCGACUGCCAGGACGAGCCGGUGAUGCUGUACGGAAACAGGCCAGAUGAAACAUUUCGCACUUACUACACAUCCUGCCAGCAGAACCGCUGCAAUGGACACAAUGGUCGGGUUAAGAACUCAACCAAUGGAGCUGGGGGCAGUGGCAUCCAUAAUGCCAUAGUUCCAGGAAAAAAUAAUGGCCAAGGGAUGUCUCUUACUCCCUGGUCACUCUUCGUUUUUCUUAUCCCGGCACUUUGGCAAUUAGCUUAGGCAAAUAAAAAUGGUAUUAGAAUAUGAUAGCUUGGAAUACCGUGCCAUAUUGAGCACUUUGCAGGGGGGGAAUAAAAAAAAAUCCUGAAAACAGAUGGUAAGGGAGCAAUAAAUCCCUA